UUGAUGUUUGUGAGCAGAAGGAUCCUGAACCGAAUCCCGAGCGAUGCUUUUCACACAGGUGUCUUUUAUAUCGGAUUCCCGAAUAAACGCGACCAUUUAGAUCAGCGGAGAGCGUUUAUGUAUUUAUCCCAGCGCACCAAUUUGGCAGUGAAAAGAGCUGAAAACGACUGAAAAGCUGUUUAUUUACCGGGCUCGACCGGCUCGUAUCCGCGUUACCAGGUAACCGGAGCUAGGAUGACGAUCUUGCCGAAGAAGAAGUCGAGCGCGGCGGGCGUCGCGAGCGAGCGAGCAGAGGACGUGGAACCGCACAACCACGCGCACCAGCAUGGGCAUUCACACUCGCACGCACUGGGCGUCCGCAGUGGUGCGAGGCCUCGCGCCUCUCCGCUGCCGUGGUCCUCCUACCAAGCGUCGGAGGACCGGCGGAGCGCCGUCGAGGCAUCCCCUCAGACCAGCGGUGCGGCAGCGUCGGCAGGAACGGGAGCAUCGUGCGAGGGCAUGGUGGAACUGCCGUGCUGCUCGGGACCCGGGCUGAGCAAACGGAGGCGGCAGACGGUGUGCGCUGGAGGGAUAGCGGGCGGAGGAGGAGGCGCCCCGGGCCCGGAAACGGAGGAAGGAGCAGGAGGCAACAACAGCGAGGAUGAGUACGAGAACGGGCUUAGACUGCAGGCGGUGGACCCAGCGACGGUGGAGCAGCAAGAACAGUGGUUUGAGAAGGCGCUGAAGGAAAAGAAAGGAUUUGUCAUCAAAAAGAUGAAAGAGGAUGGAGCAUGUCUCUUCAGAGCAGUCGCUGAUCAAGUAUAUGGGGACCAAGAUAUGCAUGAUGUGGUACGGAAACACUGUAUGGAUUAUUUGGUGAAAAAUGCAGAUUACUUCUCCAGUUAUGUCACAGAGGACUUCACCACAUACAUCAACCGCAAGAGGAAGAGCAAUUGUCAUGGAAACCACAUUGAGAUGCAGGCCAUGGCAGAGAUGUAUAACAGGCCAGUGGAAGUUUACCAGUAUGGCAUAGAGCCAAUCAACACAUUUCACAGUAUCCAUCAGAACAAUGAUGAACCUAUAAGAGUCAGCUACCAUCGAAACAUUCAUUAUAACUCAGUGGUGAACCCCAACAAGGCCACUAUUGGAGUAGGGCUGGGGCUUCCCUCCUUCAAACCAGGGUAUGCUGACCAGUCCCUAAUGAAGCAUGCCAUCAAGACUUCAGAAGAGUCCUGGAUUGAACAGCAGAUGUUGGAGGACAAAAAGAGGGCCACUGACUGGGAGGCCACCAACGAGGCCAUUGAAGAACAGGUGGCUCGUGAAUCAUACCUACAGUGGCUUCAGGACCAAGAGAAAGGCCGACAGCCACGUAAAGCCAGUGCAACCUGCAGUUCAGCUACUGCUGCUACGUCCAGCUGUUUGGAGGAUUGGAGCCGUUCUCCACGCCAGCGAAGCUCCGCCUCCUCUCCAGAACACCCCGGCCCCACACUGCCUGAAAAUCCAGCCAAAUCCCCCACUUCUGCAGGAGCCACGCUCAUGCUCCCUAAACCCCCAUCACCUUGUGCUCCAGGUCCUAGCAGACAGACAUGCAUUGCACAGGAUUGUUCUCCUCCAUCUUCUCUUGUAUCUCUCUACCCAAGCCUUGGAUAUCGAACUAUAAUGCAAGAAAUGUCACCUACUGCCUUUGGUCUAACAGACUGGGAAGAUGAUGACAUCUUGGCCUCCGUUUUGGCCGUUUCACAACAAGAAUACCUCGACAGUAUGAAGAAAAACGCAAUGCACAGAGAAUCUUCUCCAGACAGCAGUUGAUGCAAAGGACAGCAGAGCUUGCAGAGUGAAAUUGUGGAAGAAACAGGAACCUGUUUCCAGCUAUAAUUUGACACAUAAUAUACAUUUCUUCUCUCUUUUCACCCCUCUCGUUCUCACCACUAUAUCCUGAUACUUUCCUUUUUCGUUCCUGCCCCUCUUCCCUCAUAUUAUUAAACCCCAUGAACCUAGUUAGGUGCAUGUUGAAAUAAACAUUAUAAAACUACUGUUUA